UGGGGCGCGCGGGCGCAUGGCGCUGCUGUACCGCGCGACGCGGCUCAAAGACCGCGCCGAUACACACGUCUUUACCUUCGUUGUGACGAGAUCGGCGACACGUGAGCCCGACCGUGACGUCACCUCCAAGGACUUCACAUGCGCGCACCAGAGAUGGGCCGUUGCUUUCAGCCGUACCGACACAUCUCUAGGCAUCUAUUUAGUAUGGCGCGGAGUUUGCGAGGGCAUGAGAGUGUAUGUCGAUUUCACCUUCACUCUUUUAAGCCGAGAUCACUUCACUGCAAAUGAGGGCUUCUCUGGGAAGCAAGUUCGCUUCAACGCAGGAUGUGCUGCCCAAGGACGCGGCCGAUGUGUCUCACUCGCCGAGCUGAACUCGAAAUUCGCAGACGCUCGCGGGGAAUUUCAACUCGAGCUGAGCAUGUCCCGUGUCAGAACUAUCUACUCUUGUGAACUUCGUGCACCUCGCCUCGAUACACCGCCUUUUGCGUUCGCUAGCUUCGAUUGGUCUGUCUCUGCAACUGGUGGCACUGGAAAAGAGCCACUUUCUUUACGACUGGUGCGAUUAUCAGGAGAAGGACAGUUAAGCAGAGUUAGAUACGCUCUUGCUCUUGGUGAAGGUGACAGGCGGAUACACUCAGGGCCGCUUGAAUGCCUUUGUGAUGGUGAAGGUCGCACACCACCGUGGAUACCGCGACCACCUACAAGACUCCUUCAUAAAGGCAUGCGAUUAUCUGUAGAACUGGUUUGGGCGAGAGCUUUGGCAGAGUUAGCAGUUCCAGUGGGUGGUAGAGCAGCCACAUGCUACGACCGAGACAAACAGGCAUGGGCCUUACGUUGUGAUACACAUUCUGAACUAGUCAGACUUCACAUGUUGUACCGUGAUGUGCAUCAUGUGCCUAGAAACCACUUACGUUACGUGAGCUGGUCAGCGUGGUUAGUUCGAACAGUUUCUGCAUCAGGCGAGCCUGACGCAAGCGAGCUACCAGGUGCACCCUUCGAAAACUACUAUGCUCAAGAGAGUGCUGAUGAGGGUCUUAUGAUGGAGACUGCCUUGCGCGUGGAAGAGGUGUCCCGAGCUGGAUGUGCCUUCUUGCAUCCCGGAGGAGAAGUUAGAGUUCGAAUAGAAUGGGGUGAUACUUACUUGCUCUUCCAAGCUACUUACCAUGUUUAUGACGAUCUUUGUCGUCUACAUGCUCAUCAAAUGAGACGAGAAGUAGCUGCAUUACAAGCUGAGAACUAUUCCCUGGAGCGGCAGUUAUUCAGCUAUCAAAAAAGCCUGGCGUAUGCCCAAGCGCAGGCAGGCGAGCCAGCGGCUGCAGAAGGUGGGGGCCGGCGGUCUCCAGCGGAACGCUCCUUGUCCACGGACACGGAGUACGCCUGAGAGUGUUCUCUUCUUCAAAAUACUUAAAUCUUCUAUCUUCUCGACUGAAUCUGACAUUUUUGAGCGAUUUAUCUAUUUUUCUAAGAUUUUAUGGCGAGGUGCGCCUUGUUCGCACCGCUUCUCGCCCACGCCGGCCCCCUGCACUCUCGCCGCUCGGAUCUAUCGAUAGCUAGUAGUUAUAUUCGACUACUUUUUCUAUUU